AUGGCGGGCGGCUCCGCUGCUCUCAGGGCCGCUGUGAGCUCGAAAUACUGUCUGUUUGCGCACGCGGUCAUCUUCGCCUGGUACGUGUUCACUCUGGAUGCGAACUGCGCCAUAGCAAGGUCGGGGUUACACCCGGGGGCGCGCGCUUACGGAGGCAGGUGGAAGUAUUUAACCUUCAUCAACCUGGUGAUGCAGACGGUGUUUUUCGGACUCUGUGUUUUAAACGAUUUAAUCCGCGCGGCGUUCCCGGGGAAAAGCAGCAUCUCGGCGUUCCUCGUCUCGGCGCAGGACUUCCUCUUCACCGUUCUAGCUUUUCCCAUCGGAACUUUUGUCUUCACUUCCUUCUGGUCCAUCUACUCCUACGACCGGGAGCUAGUCUUCCCCAAGGUUUUAGAUGACAUCAUCCCUACAUGGCUUAAUCACGCUAUGCACACUGUGAUCCUGCCGCUGCUCCUGGUCCAGAUGUUCCUCCAGCAUCACAAACACCCGAGUCGUUCCACAGGGAUCCUCACCCUGGCGCUCUUCAUGGCGCUCUACUUGGCGUGGGUGUUGUGGGUGCAUCACGUGUCGGGGAUCUGGGUUUACCCCAUCAUGGCUCACCUCAGUCCCGUGGGUCUCGUGGUGUUCCUGGGCGUGUCGUCUCUCAGCAUGGCUCCUAUUUACCUGCUGGGGGAGAAACUCAGCCGCGUGGUUUGGGGUUCUACAGUCUGUUCUCUCAAAGCAAAUCAGAAAAAGAAGAAGAAGAAAUGAAGAAGAGACUAAAGAGCGCAGCAUCAGGAUCCUUCACCAGCACUGAGAGAGAGCUCCGCUGUAGCACUGAGACAUUUUACAUGAAGGGAUUUACGGUCAAUAAUAUAAACAUGUCCAAAGCUAAGGGUGAUUCAAUAGUUGUACAAACUGUACACGUCAGUCACCGUACAUUCGAUUAAAAAAAAUAAAAAAAAAUUAAGUGGGUAAUUCACUGAUUGUUUAUUGAGAUGAUUCGUUAAGUGUUGGUGUGGAUGAUUCCAUAGUCGCACACUCACGUGAUUCACGCAGAUUAUUCCAUAUGUGUACGUGUAGGUGAUUCACUGAGUGUCUCCUCAGGCAACUCAUCGUCACGGCAGUGUUUAUGUUGAACAUCAGGAUCAUUUGCACAUUUAUGUCCAUUUUAAAGCUGCUUUUACACGAGGUCUUUUUUUUUUUUAAAUAAAUAAAUAAAAAGCGAUAUUAAUGUCAAUAUCCAAAAUGUUUUGUGUAAAAUGUCUGGUGAAGGUUAAAGAGUCGAUCACAGACUAAUUCACUACUGUUCAAUGUUUUUAUGUCUGUUCUUUUAAACCCUAAAGUUCUGUAUGUUGUGCUCUCCUAAAACUCUCCUAAACCUUUCCCCAACCAGCUCCUGGAAUCAUUGAUCAUGUUUUUAAACACAAAUGAAUAGCAUGACAUCAUCAUUUUAUGCUGAAUUCUAAUGUGACUGAAUGAAGUCUGAUUUUAAUAAAAGAUAGAGAUAUAUUUCA